GCGCGGCUGAGUAGCGCUUGUGGCGAGGAUCGCAGCGUCCCGGGGGGCUGCCGACAGCGCCCGGGAAACUUUCCGAGGGAGAACCAGCGAGGGUCGUGCCCUUCGCCAAGCCGGAGGAGGCCGGACCAGGAAGGUUUCUCGCGGUUGCUACCGGGCGGCCCCCGGGAGAGCCCCGGUGGGCGGCGGGGGCGGCGGCGGCGACGGUAGCAGCAGCGCCGGGUGCCGCGGCCGCCUCCGCGGGGCGGCCUGACAUGAGAUCAUCGCCGGCAGCGGCAGCAUGGCCUCUGCCAGGAGCGGUGGCCGCGCCGUGCCGAAGGACGAGGAGGCCAACGGCGACCUGGACCGCUCCCUGCAGCAGAUGCUGCGGGCGAUAGCGGAGGAGAGGAGCCGCGCCGGCCUCCGCCAAGAGAUCAGCGGCCUCGGGUGUUUCAAAGAUGACCGCAUUGUGUUCUGGACGUGGAUGUUUUCAACCUACUUCAUGGAGAAGUGGGCCCCCCGGCAGGACGACAUGCUCUUCUACGUCCGCCGGAAGCUGUCCUACGGCGCCGGGGAGAGCGCCGAGGGGAAGAAGCAGGUUGAAGUUGAAGUGUACCGGAGAGAUUCGAAGAAGCUUCCUGGCCUGGGAGACCCUGACAUAGACUGGGAAGAGAGUGUCUACCUGAACCUCAUCCUACAGAAGCUCGACUACCUGGUGACCUGCGCCGUCUGCACGCGCGCCGACGGCGGCGACAUCCACGUGCACCGGAGGAAGUCUCAGCAAGUGUUUGCAUCUCCUAGCAAACACCCGAUGGACAGCAAAGGAGAGGAGUCAAAGAUCAGCUAUCCAAACAUAUUCUUCAUGAUUGACAGUUUUGAAGAGGUUUUUAGUGACAUGACUGUGGGAGAAGGAGAAAUGGUCUGUGUGGAGCUGGUGGCCAGUGACAAAAGCAACACCUUCCAAGGGGUGAUUUUUCAGGGGUCCAUCCGCUAUGAAGCACUGAAGAAGGUCUAUGACAACAGGGUGAGUGUUGCAGCUAAGAUGGCUCAAAGAAUGUCUUUUGGCUUUUAUAAAUAUAACAACAUGGAGUUUGUCCGAAUGAAAGGGCCACAAGGGAAAGGCCAUGCAGAGAUGGCAGUGAGUAGAGUUUCUACUGGUGACACUUCGCCGUAUGGGACAGAAGAAGAUUCCAAUCCAGACUCGCCAGUGCAUGAGAGAGUGACUUCUUUCAGCACACCGCCAACCCCAGAGCGCAACAACCGCCCCUCCUUUUUCUCCCCAUCCCUCAAGAGAAAGGUGCCCCGGAACCGCAUUGCCGAGAUGAAGAAGUCCCACUCGGCAAAUGACAGCGAGGAGUUCUUCAGGGAUGAUGAUGGAGGAGAUCUUCACAACACCACCAAUCUGCGUUCGCGGUCCCUGUCUGGAACAGGACGGUCUCUGGUGGGCUCCUGGCUGAAGCUGAACAGAACAGAUGAAAACUUUCUACUCUAUGCACACUUAACUUACAUCACUUUGCCAUUGCAUCGAAUUUUAACAGAUAUCCUGGAAGUGCGGCAGAAACCGAUUCUGAUGACAUAGCAGAGACCAGGCACUGCCUCGGAGCCCCAUUGCCAAGUGCCUAACCGCAGCGGUUUUCUGUGCUAACACUACCAUCUAGUGUCAGGAACAUAAACCUCCGCAGGAAAAAGGGAAGUCCAAGAAUACCAGCUGAUCAAAAGUGCCUCUUUCUUCCUUCCUCUGCUGUCAUGCACCCUGUGCCCACUUGCAGUCCAUCGCUUGAGUGUCUCUGACCGGAAGAGGACUUUCAGCAAGAUGAAACGAGAAGGGGCUGUUCAAAACGAUCCGAUGCUUUAUGGACAGUUUUACUGUGUUUACUUUAUAACUAAGGAACCAACAACGUGUACAGAAUGUGUUGAACUUUAUAUUCUUUGAGAGAAACAACCUGAGAAUUUCAUACCGAAGCACUAACGAGCGUUGUUCCCUAGACUCUUGCCCAUGCACUCUCUGUGGCAGUUCAGCUUCAUGUGCACAUGAGUGUGUGUAUGAGGACCAGAGGGAUGAGAGAGUAAUUUCCCACCCAGGGAGGAAAAAAUGAUGCUGCAAAGAUACACUGCUCUUUUGGUACAUGCAGCAGGCCAGGUCAGAGCUUGAAAGAGGCUGAAGAUGUUCCCGUUUGUUCAUGCCAGUGUUAGGACAGGUGAACCCUGCUGACAGAUUUCCCUAUCUACCAAAGAACAGCAACAUUUUUAUCCUCAGAAACUGGCUAAGAAAAAGAGCCAGUGAAAAGAAGGCUAAAAUGUGCUGCUAUUGUAAAGCUGAGGUUCCUAACCCGUACUAAUGCUGCUUACCUCUCUCUGCUUGCUGAGUCGAUGGAAGUUUGAGUCUAAAGGAGAUUGUAAUUGGACUCCAAAACCUAAAAACCUUAGCAGUGAUUGAUAGCCUCCCAUAUGCACUGGAUUUCAGAGUACACAGAGAUGUCUGUGCAGUGGUGUUUGCAGCCAAGGAGGGCAGUGAGAGGUGAUUAACAGGCGGGCAGCUUGCCUGGGUUCUUCGUCUGCCAGUGGUUUGCUGUACUGUUAGGUGCCGAAGCGUGGAGCCUUUUCUGGAGAGACAAGACUGACUUUUUGGCUCUGAAAAGUGGCUAAACGUUGCCUAGUUGGGAGGUCUGGAGAUGGUAUGUCAGGAGCUCUCAGGAAAAAAGCCUUCUGUUUACAGGUAAAAUGCAGCUUUUUCUAAAUAGCAAAACCUUGCUGUCCUUGACACUUGAAAGCCAAACAACUGAACUCUGAGACUACUGCAGUCUGCUUCACUGUUCUGAGACAGGAGCCAGUCAGUAGUGCAGUUUACUGAUGGCUGCACAGGUGGCAUGGCAGUGGCUGAGGUAGCUUGUUGCUUGGAGCAAGUGGGCCUCCGACACACGCACAAAGGGAGAGCAAAGAUGCCGUUUUGGUCACUUUUCACACUCCUACAAUUCAUGUUGAUGGUGCAGUUGCUACAUGGCAUGUGCUCUCAGCCGGGACCUUUGUCUCCAUGCCCAGCCUUUCCCAAAGCUCAGUAGCAUCUGAUGACUUACUCUCUCAAAUAGGACUUUCUGCCUUUUCACCCCCCGAGCCAGGUUCCGUGGAAGUAGCUCCACUUGAGCAUAAAGGUAGACUGACCUUACCGUUCAGCCCGACGCGGCGAGUCCGGCGUGGCAGGGAGCUCUCGUUUCACUUGAGGCUAGGCCUGGAAGCAGUCAGCUUAGCACGGUGAUGCAUUUCUGACACCAACAGCAUGAGGGCAUGUCAGGGAGGGCUGACUGGUUUCCACUUUGCUUCAGAUGUGUUGCAGCACCAUCAGCAAAGCAUUCACUUUGUUAUUGCCAGCACAGCAGCUCUUCACGUUGCAGGCGUUGAACCUUGCUCUGUGGGAGCGUGUGGUUGUGCAUCUGUUUCUGAGAGGGUGGUCACAGGGUCGAAGCUGAGGCGUGUGACUUGAGUGCCUAAGCUUUCUUCCUGAGCAGGGUGGAGAGAUGGAGUCCUAAAUCAGCAGCUGAAGUGCCCUCAAGGAACUUGCUAGGCACCCUGGGUGCUUGCCUGAGAUCCCUAGGUGGUGUGCCUAAUGUCAGGUGGAACAAAUACUCUUUCUAUACCCAUGCUGAGGAUUGAACCACUCUUCAGCUGGAAGACCUGUCCUGCUCCGAAGCCUCCCAAGAUGCUCUUUGUUCCUCACUUUCGUACCUGCUGGGCAAAUCAGUGCUCGUUCUCCUUUAGACAGUCCUUGGGGAGGGAAGGGAGAGGGGUCACUACUUGUGCUUCUAGUGACAUCUCCUUUUGGCAGAGAGCCAGAGGAGUGACACCAGUGAAAAGAAAAUGUGUCGAGGUGGGAACUCGAGUGGUAGGUGCCUGAAUAUGGCUCACUCACCCGGUGCUAGGCUGUGAGGCUGUCUGGCUGUCUGUUAGUCAUGUGUUAGGUACUUAUAGUUCCUGUCACCUGAAGGACUGAGCGAGUCUUGGUGCCGAAGAUUUCGGAGCAAAUGAAGAGUGGCUCUAAACCAGUACCUUAGCUUAAAGGCACCGAUACAGAAGGUCCAGUUGAGAGCCCACAUCUGUUAUGCAGGAGCUGUCUGCUUUGCUGUGUGCAUGUGAGUGCCUUUGGUGUCUAGUUUGAGGGCUGCAACAUAAAUGUCCCUAAAGUACAUCUCUUUCUGGUCUCUUGCUAGUUGGUAUGCUGUAGCUGUGGGGAAGACUCACCUUUUUAGUUCAUGCAAAAGGGGUACAGGUGUGCCCAGAUGGGCGUCCACAGAGAGCAGAGGUCCAAAAGUCUGCUGAAUGUCAAUAGUGCAUUUUAGAGAGGAGCAGAUGUGCUGAACUCUCAGCUAUUCCUUCUCUGAACAGCUGACCUAGACUUCAUACCCAGAGCCCCUGGUCCCCACUUGGCAAGUGGGGUCAGACACAUUCUACAUUUUGUUCUGUCUUUAGGCAAACCCUGAGAGUUGUCAUUUAUUAUCUUUUAAGAGGGAAGAUGAUCAGUUCUGCUUGAGCUGAGGUGGCACAGCUGGGCCCUAAGGAAGCUCUUGCACUGUACCAAAAAUAAGAGAAUGUCUAUAGGAACCUCUUGCCCUGUUAAUUUUGAGGGGUGCUUACUUCUGUAGCUACUGAGCAGUAAACCCCUUUGAGCCUCUGUUAGCCGUUUAAAUAGUUGCUGAGGAAUGGCCUGGUGUGUUCUGUGUGCCGUAGAGGCUGCAUGGCUGUCAGUGGCUCAGUCACUGGGGCACAGUGGUUGCCAUUAGCUGUGCUGAUGCUUCGGAAGGCAGCGCAGAUAGCAAAGCUGGGGAAGCUCUACAGAGCAGCUUUAUCUACUCACAGAAUCCCACCAUGCCCCAUGAACUCAGCUCGCUCCUUCCAGCCUUCUGCCCAUUCGCUCCCUCUGAAGAUCAAGGCUUGAACCCUCCACAUAUGAUGUAUAUUGACGGAUGUCAGAUGCAAGGAUGUAAAUCUUGUCACCCCUGACAGGUUUUUCACUGUUGUCAAUUUAACAAAUAAGAAGCCUUUGGCUUUUUUAAAGGAAGCUCUUAAAUAGAUCAUUUUAUAUUAGAAGAUUAUUUCUCUGCCUUAGAGACCACCAGGUAUGUGACAUUGUUCUCUUACUGCCAGCCAGCACAGGGUGAGGUUCCAAGUCUCCUUUGAAAAGAAGCUGCCAUCUUUAGCAAUGCCACACAUUUUUCAGCUGUCCUGGCUGGUCCAGUUUGUGUGGUUUCAUGUUCCUUCUGGCUUUAUUCUCUUGAUCUCCACUGUUUACAAUGCUUGAACAUGUUGGGCUCUGGAUUGCUGUUAUCCAAUUUUCCAUUCCUGGACACUGUGUGCCUCCCAGCAGAGUUGUUUGCACAGGUGACUUCACAGUAAAGUGGUUUUCUUAAGCAUGUUCUUACACCAAGUUUUAAUUGAGGCAGUGAAGUCUUUGGCUCUUCAGACAGACCUCUUGUGACAGACCUUCGUGUGCAGAGUGCCAUCUGCUUCCUGAGCGUGUAUACCGAUGUGUAACCCACUUAGGCUGCACUGCUACAUUAUUGGCUGCUUCUUGCCUCUCCGUCAUUGGUCCCUUUCUAGGAGAUUGCUUCUCCUGCAUUUUGUAGUUUGAGGCUUCCCCUCAUUAAGGACAGACGUUAAAUAAACCCUUCAGAAGUGCCUAGGCCAUGUUGUUACCCACUGGGGUUUAAGAACAAACUUUUAUUUAGGGAAUGAAUGAAGCAGUCUUACAGUCUAUCUGGUUUGUGUGUAGCAGCAUCACAAAAUAACAAGUUUAUAGUUCCUGGAAGAGCUGGAUGUCUCCUACUGACUCACCCUUUGUGCUUGAAAAGCUCUCAUGGUCUCCAAGGGUCCUGGCUGAAAGCUCUGGAAAUGGAUUUCUUGUGAUCACAGGAGUCGGAUAUCUGUGAAUGCCUUAUUUUGUCUCGUGAAGUAUGACUAGAAGUGUGUGGCACUCGUGUAGAAGUUCUGUGUCAAAAAUAAGUGCAAGUAGAAUCCAAUUAAAGGCAUUGUGAAAUAAGUAGCUUUCACAGCAAACCUUAAACAAAGGAGUAUUUUACACCAGAAUGUAGCUGUUUGGAUGCUCGGUCGAGCUCAUACAAGGCUGCAAGCAGGUCACAACGUGAACAUUCUCUGUGUAAAUAUAUAAAUACUUCUCAACCCCAUUUUGCCAGACUGAACACAUGUUGCAUGGCUUGGGCUGGGUUUUUUUGCCUCAUUAAUCAUCAGUGUUGAUUAAAAGAUGAGUUGAAAAUUGUGCUGGCACUGUACUGAGCCCUUUGAGCAAAGAGCGAGGAGAAGCUUUGCGCACCAAAACUGAAGUUGACUUUACAUUUGGCAGCAGUGAAGGCGGUGUUGGACCCUGCAGCCAAUAAACAGACCUCUUUAAAUUCC